UCAAGCCACACACACGCAGCGAGCGCAAGGGAAAACCGGAAACGUGGGAACGCGUUACAACCCGUGAACAGUGAACCGUGACUUCCCGUGACUUCCCGUGACCCGUCGUGAAGCGGGAAACGUGACUCGUCGUGUGCCUGCUCGGCUGGCUUUCGUAUCUGGCGUCUCAAUCGGAAUUGGAAUUGGAAUCGCGUCAUUGGAGUGACUGAUUUCGAGUUGCGUGCUGGUGUCAGGCAGCGGGGAUGAGUGCUCCUUACGUAGCAGUAGCGUAAGGGCCGUUACGUAAGGAUUAAAGGACCUCUCCGACCCCGCGGAAAACGGACACAAACGCAGCGCGCUCGAAUGCGUUACGUUGCGCAUGAGAUGGCGGCACGCAGUUCGCGCUACAUUUACUCUGACCACGGCCACCGAAUCUAGUCCGCUCUUAGGAAAAGUUAUAAGUAAUUCGAGAGCCCCACAAAUUGCGCAUGAAAUGUUGGUGGAAUACUUUAUGGCGCUGCUCGUGAUCAUGGGAUUAACCGCACCAGUCGACAAGCAGAGCCGGCGCAGCAGCCAAUACUUCGGUUUCGGUCACCUGGCCGCCGCCGAGGAACUGUCCAAUCUGAUACCAGAUAAUUACGAUGCCCUCGAUCCCAUAUUCGACAACUCCACGGAUCGGGAGAUCAUCGCCGCUCUGGGCACCACCGCCCGUCUCCACUGCCGCGUCCGUCACCUGGGCGACAGGGCAGUGUCCUGGAUCCGGCAGAGGGACCUCCACAUCCUGACCAUCGGCAUCAUGACCUACACCAAUGAUCAGCGCUUUCUGGCGCGGCACAUCGACAACUCCGACGAGUGGGUGCUCAAGAUCGUUUCGGUGCAGCCGAGGGAUGCGGGCGUCUACGAGUGCCAGGUGUCCACGGAGCCCAAGAUCAGUCUAGCCUAUAAGCUGGUCGUUGUGACCUCCAAGGCCCAGAUCCUGGCCAACCGCGAGCUGUUCAUCCAGAGUGGCAGCGACAUCAAUCUGACGUGCAUCGCUCCUCAGGCUCCGGGACCCUACACGCACAUGCUGUGGCACAAGGACACGGAGCUGGUGAGCGACUCCUCGCGCGGCGGCAUCCGCGUGGUGUCCGAGCAGCAGAUGAAGACCAGCAACCUGGUGAUAUCGCGGGUCCUGCACACGGACUCCGGCAACUACACGUGCUCCGCGGACAACUCGAAUUCUGACAGCGUCUUUGUGCAUAUCAUUAAGAGUGAGCAGCACGCGGCCAUGCAGCACGAACUGGGGUCGAGGCUGGAUCUGCCCCCCCUGCCCCUGCUGCUCCUGGCGGUCCUCCUGGUCGUCCUGCUGGCCCCCUCCCCCCUCGUCCCCCGCGCACCCCUCUAAGCCGAGCCAAAGUCGAGCGGCAACUUAUGUUCGAUGUCUGGGAUCCCGGGAGCCGGGCCACGCCCCCCGUUACAGCCACCGCCCAUGGAAGCGCAAACGCCCCCCGGAGAAAAUGCUGGAUGGAGGUUAACGACGUCGAUGUCGCGUUGUCUUGUAAAUAUGUAAAUCGAGUUUUUGUUUAUGUUUGUGUUUUGUGGCUCAGUCUCUAAGUAUUUUUAUACGUAAUUAAGUAAAUAGGUCGAGAGUGCAUAUGUGGCCGUACAUACAUAUGCGUAGCCAUCUAGCAUAUAGCGAAUAUGUCAGAUACAUUAUGUGCACACGAUCGCAUACCUAGAGAUACCAGAAAUCGAAUCCGAAACAAAAUCGAAUCGAAUCGAAUCCG